CUUCCCAUUAUCUUAUGAGGCGAAAUACGACGGGGUGUCUGAAUUCAUGAUCGAAUUAUUUACUCAUGUCAGCUCAAUGAUAUAUUACUCCAAGCUAGCAGUACCUAUGCUGUACAUAGUUGGAAUCUGAUUGCGACUCAAAAUCGGACCCCCCAAGCUGGUUCGACUCGGAGCAAGAUGGGAUUGCUACGGACCAUAGCGCUGGCCAUCCUUGGAAUUUCAGGCUUUGUAUUUGUCGCCCUGUUUGGAAGACUACCUGCAUUUCGCAAAACUCCAAUUGGGUUCCUUCACAGAGUUCUUUGGAUACACAUCCCUAGAGGAUUUGCAAAAGUCGAUGAAAUACUGUUCAGCGGCCGGCUUUUCUCUUGCUGCAGCCAGGCUGGCAACUAUGUUCUCAAUGAGAAUCAUCCGCUUGUUCUGAUAUUCUUUGCCUCACUUCUGGUAGCAGGCCAGUGCAUGUUCAUUCCAGCCGCUUGGGCCAGAAUCUCUCCGGCCCACCAUGUAUGGAUACCGCUCGUUGUAGCACUCCCUUACUACUUCUUAUAUGCGAGCAUAACCACUAAGUCUUUCAUUACCCCCAAAAAUCACGCUGAGGAGUUGGAACGCUAUCCGUACGAUAGGGUCAUCUUCCAUCCAGGACACCGCUGCAGCACAUGCCGGUUCCUCAAGCCGGCGAGAAGCAAGCACUGCAGCACUUGCAAAGCAUGUGUUUCCCGACACGACCAUCAUUGUGUAUGGUUGAUGAACUGCGUUGGGUUGCACAACUAUCACUACUUCCUGUCGCUGAUAGUAUCGUUAUGCGUCAUGCUGACUUAUGGCUCGUGCCUCGGAUACACUCUGCUGUACCAGACCUACGACAAACUGGUUCCUCCUGACAAUCCUUUGCGACACACGCGACAGAGCUGGACGACCUUCUUCAACAUCUGGGCCGUGGUGAUCGCUGCCGAUGUUCGCAUUGGCGCGACAACCCUGUUGAUGACGAUGACAGCCCCUUUGGCGGGGGCCUUUCUCGUAUACCAUUCCUAUCUGAUUUGGGCCGGUAUGACCACCAAUGAAAGCUCCAAGUGGUCGGAUUGGAAGGAGGACGUUGCCGACGGCUAUGUAUAUAGAUCGACCAAGGACGUGAUAUAUGGCAAUUCGCCCUUGCUCGCAGAGUACCAGGGGUCACCCACAGACUGGCCCAUGAGCAGCGAACAGGUCCUUGCACUCACGGAUGGGGAGGCUCCAAAGGAAGGACACCUGUUAUCUCCAGAUUCGAACGAAAUAUCGCAGCCCAGCGACCGAGAUGCUCCUAUCGACCCGCGGUGGAGUUUGGUACAUAGUAUGCGGGAGGUUGAGAAUAUCUAUGACCUGGGGUUCUGGAACAACUUGCGCCAUGUUUUCGGGCUCUCCAUUCGAGCCAAGAUCUGCUCAAAACCAAACAGUAUCCUUAACUUCGCGCCCAAGAUGGCUGACCGGGCAGCAGCGGAGAUGAAGCCCAAGUGCACUCCUGCAGAGCUUAUGCUAAAGGUUAUUCUGACGGGGACCUUGAGCCACUAUGAGACCCGGGGUAUGAUUGAUGACAAACGUCUUGAACACAUGCUCUCUGCGGGCAAGCAGAUUCUUUACAAGACACACCAAGAAAGCGAUGUCAGACAUAAUCUCGGCCUGUCACCGGACAUCUGGCAAGGCUUCACAGAUGUUUUGACCAAGGCGAUCCCCGUUCUCGAGUCCCAGUCGUUCGCCUGGAAAAGCCCUCCGACCGCCAACUACGACCACUCUUCCUCCAACCUCAUAGCCUACAACUACUUCUCACUUGUCAAGGAUAUCGAGCGCCUGAAUGACUUGUGUACCAUCGCCCGCAAUCUCCUUGCCACCACGAAGAAGGCCCAAAAUAUGGCGGCGGAGAAAGGCUUUGAUCAGAGGAUUCUAGCCCUGGUGGACACCUGUGUCAGAGUCACCGCGCGGGGAUUUGAUGGCGAAACGAACGCACGGAACGAGGAGCGCUGGCAGAAAGUCGUCAACCUCUACAAGCGCCUCCUGAUUACGUGUCUGCAGUUCAUGCACAAUUUCAUCAUGCACAACGAGCAGCGGAAGAUGGUUUUGUGGCUGGACCUCUUCGGAUACCAUUCCACGGGAGAUUCGAACAUCAUUCAGCCCCGGGAGCCGCUUGAUCCGGCCUUUGCUCAGCCUGAAGGAAUGGCGCCGAUUGUCAAAACCGGGGAGCGGAUAGUCAACCCCCCAAUCCGGGCUCUCUACGAUCAGACUGCGGAGGACUUGCUUCUGGAGACGAUUUCUAAUUUCCCCCGGGAACCCGCGACGAUCAAAGAGGAGGCGGCCAUGCUGCUUCUAGCAAACAUCAAGGACCACAUGGAGAAGCUGCUAGGGCGCGAUCUGACCGCCAUACAGGAGAUGGGCAAAGAUCCGGAGCAGGUCAAGGAGAUUCGCGCAGCUUUGACUGCUAUUCUCGGAGCCAAGGUAGAUGGGUGGUCUGAUCUCCAGGAUAGAGCCAAGGACCUUCCGCCAGCCCUGCCAGAAGAUGAGCCUCCUCGCAAGAAGGCGAUUGUGACGAUAGAUCGGAGCCUAACAGCUGGUUUCCCACGCGUUUGUUGGACCGAUCUCCCCGACCUUAGCGAAUACGGGGCGCUUUCGGCUGGUGAUGCAGUUGUCAUGGAGGAAGAUAUGAGUAUGCCCCGGUCUGCCCAGUCUGCGGCCGAAACUCUACAGGAAGCGAAGGAUGAGUUGAUGGCGCGCCUGCAAGAGAGCUCCCAGAUCGGUGACGGAAGCAUGGAGGAGGAGGAGGAGGAAGAGGAGGAAGAGGAGGAUGACGAUGAAGAUGACGACGAUUACCGCGGCCGUCCAGGAGACCAACAACGCGGCCUGUUGACGGAUAUACCGCUUGUGCUUGGACCCGCAGAGAUCGAAGCGCUUCCGAUGAUCAUCCAAGCCGGUAUUGUUGACAGUUUCGGCUUGAAGGGCGGAGAAAGGACGGGGUCGCGGAAUAUGCAGGCUUUGCGAUGCCACAUCCUACUCACGCAGGAGACUGGUCGCAACCUGUUGAGAGAGUUGUUGAUUUUCAUUGCUGCCUGGGAUCUUCCUGAUGACGAGCUCUACUUCAAGAUGAUGGUUCAGAUCAUGGAUGCGGUUCUCAAGAACGGUCUUAUGUCGCACGCAUACUCUGAUUUCGGCCAGCCCAAGGACAUCAUUUCUCCUGCGCAGGCAGUCGUGGUCAAGAUUCUUACACACAUUUUCCGAGCUAAGUAUUCUCCAGCAUCAGUCACCGGUACUUCUCAACAUACCGCAACCAAGAGCCCGGCCCCUUUGUCCCGAGUCGACAUCCUUACCGUUCGAUACAUUUUCACCAUUUUCCGGGGCAACAUCAUUCCCGAGACUUGCGCUUUGAUCUACUUGCAGGGACAGAUUCGCGCCGGAAGGGCUUUACCGGAGGACUUCCCUCUGAACUUGUGGGAUAUGGAGCGGGUCUACGAAGGUGUCUAUCAGUUCUUGGAGUUCUUCGCUGUGCUGACCGAGAACAACGACUGGAAAAACCUGCUUGUCAAGUGGGAGAUCGUCUAUGACUUGGUGACGUUGAUCAAGGAGCUUGAGGCCAGCAUCCCCAAGGGCCAGCUGAAUUCUCUUACUCUGGGAGGACGCAACAGCCCUUCCCGGGACCACCAAUCUAGCUCGGGUUCCGGGCCGGUAGCAGUCGAGAGACCAUAUGACCCCGGUGACCCCGACCCCGUUGAUGCUGGGCCGGGAUCGAGAGCAGAGUCGCCGCCCAUCACGGAGGACCCGUCGGAGUUUGAGUGGCGCAAUCUGAAGAAGCUGGUGGUGCUUGUUCUCUCGUCUUUGGUGUGGAAGUGUCCCGAGGUCCAGGACCAAAUCCGGCGCUAUGGCGGUGUGGAAACCAUCCUGUCCUGCACCAACUUUGAUGCUCACAACCCCUACAUCAAGGAGCAUGCCGUGAUGUGUCUGAAGUUCUUGUUGGAAGGUAACCGCGAGAAUCAGAAGAUGGUCGAGGAGUUGGAAGCGCGCGAGGUGGUCAAGGAUGACAACGGGGUCCUGGAGAGGAGUGGCCUGGAGGCUAUCAUCGACAAAGCGGGCAAGUUGGCUCUUCGACCCAAAGAGGAGCUUUGA